AUGAGAAGAAGCAAAGAUAUGCAAGUUACAAGUUUCAAAGAACCAAAAAGUGGUACAACUGGGAAACUGAAGCUUCUUGCAGCAUUGUUUGUCAUGGUGUUUUGUUCUGCAGGAUUUCAUAUUGCCUCAAGAAUUGCUCUGAAUAUUGGUGUCAGCAAAAUAGUGUAUUUAGUUUAUAGAAACAUCGCUGCUUUACUUUUUUUAGGACCUGUUGCUUAUUUUUCGGAGAGGAAGGAAAGACCACCUCUCACAUCAUCCCUAUUGGUUCAGUUUUUUCUCCUUGGAUUAACAGGGAUCACAACAAAACAAGGACUUUAUAUCAUAGGGUUGUACUAUACAUCACCUACCUAUGCAUCAGCUAUGCAAAACUCAAUUCCUGUUAUUACUUUAGUCAUGGCUUAUGUUCUAAGGUUAGAAGAAGUGCAUUUAAUGAGGCUUGAUGGCGUGGCGAAAAUUCUGGGAACCAUAGCAAGUGCUGGAGGUGCCACAAUAAUCACUCUUUAUAAAGGCCCUCCCCUUCUAAGUGGAAGCAAUUUUUCCACAUUUGUAACUACUUCUCCUGAGACAAUGUUGAACAGGACAUUGGGUUGUGUUUACUUUAUUGGUCAGUGCUUAUCAACUGCUGGUUGGAUUGUGCUUCAGGUACCCCUCAACAUCAUUGACAUUGUUAAAAUACUAGUAUUCGAGACCAUAUUGGAUCCGUUAUAA